CUUACUAUAAAUGCUGUGGCCAUUUUUAAUAGCACUACAGCUACUACUACCAAGUACUGAAAUAAUAAGCCUUUAUCCCCUUCUCUUCUACUAAUUGGCUUGGCUGCCAUUGAAAUGGCUAUCUCCGGUGACCGCAAGAAAAAGCUUUUCUUGGCUCUCUUUGCGUCAAUCCUUCUGGUAACUGCCAUAGUCACCAUUGCCACCACCGUCUCCGUUUCCAAAAAGAAAUCCAGUAAUACUGCAGCAGCUCACUCCAUCAUCAAAUCUUCGUGCAGCUCCACGUUGUACCCAGAGUUAUGCUACUCAACAAUCUCUUCAGCACCACAUGCUGAGACCAAGGUCAAGAACCCCAAGGAUGUGAUUGAAAUGUCGUUGAACUUGACGGUGACUGCUGUUCAGAGUAACUAUUUGUCCAUCAAGAAGCUCAUUAGUACCCGAAGGAAGAGCCUCACGGAGCGCGAAAAGGCUGCCCUUAACGACUGUCUUGAACUAGUGGAUGAGACUUUGGAUGAGCUAUUGGUAGCUGAACAUGAUCUCAGUGACUAUCCAAGCUUUAACAAGUCAAUUUCCCAACAUGCUGAAGACCUUAAGAGUCUUCUUAGUGCUGCAAUGACCAACCAAGAAACUUGCCUUGAUGGGUUUUCUCACGAUAAAGCUGAUAAAAAGGUGAGGCAAGCGUUGCUUGACGGGCAGAUGCAUGUUUUUCAUAUGUGUAGUAAUGCCCUGGCAAUGAUCAAGAACUUGACGGACACAGACAUGGCAAGCCAGGGUUAUCAUCCAUCAUCAGGGAGGCAACUUGAGGAGGAAGACCAAACAGAAUGGCCUAAAUGGCUGUCGGCGGGAGAUAGGAGACUGUUACAGGCUACAACAGUGAUUCCUAAUGUAACAGUGGCCGCUGAUGGCAGUGGAGACUUCCUCACGGUGUCUGAGGCGGUGGCGGCUGCACCGGAGAGAAGCACCACGAGGUACAUUAUUAAGAUUAAAGCUGGAGUGUAUAGUGAAAACGUGGAUGUUCCAAGGAAGAAAACCAAUCUCAUGUUUGUGGGAGAUGGGAGGGUCAACACCAUCAUCACAGCUAGCAGAAAUGUUGUCGAUGGCAGCACCACUUUCCACUCUGCCACUGUUGCUGCGGUAGGGGACGGGUUCUUGGCCAGGGAUAUAACAUUUCAGAACACGGCUGGACCAUCGAAGCACCAAGCAGUGGCACUGCGUGUGGGCUCUGAUUUAUCAGCAUUCUACAGGUGUGACAUUUUAGCAUACCAGGACACUCUCUAUGUCCACAGCCUUCGCCAAUUCUAUUCACAAUGCCUUGUAGCAGGCACCGUGGACUUCAUUUUCGGAAAUGCAGCAGCAGUGUUGCAAGACUGCGACAUUCAUGCUCGUCGACCCAAUCCAAACCAAAGGAACAUGGUCACCGCACAAGGCCGUAGUGACCCAAACGAGAACACUGGGAUUGUGAUUCAGAAAUGCAGGAUCGGUGCAACCUCGGAUUUAGAAGCAGUUAAGUCCGAUUUUGCAACUUAUUUAGGGAGACCAUGGAAGACACAUUCGAGGACUGUUAUCAUGCAAUCUGUUAUAAGUGAUAUUAUUCAUCCUGCUGGUUGGUUCCCAUGGGACAAAGAUUUCGCACUCGACACUUUGACGUAUCGGGAAUAUCAGAAUACUGGCCCCGGAGCUAACACGUCAAGCAGGGUUACAUGGAAGGGGUAUAGCGUGAUCACCAACAUAUCGGAGGCACAAACCUAUACUGCGCGGAAUUUUAUUGGGGGAGCUAAUUGGUUAAACGCCACGGGCUUUCCUUUCUCUCUUGAUCUUUGAAUAAAAGCUCAGGUUCAGAUUCGAAAUAAGGGUAUCAUCUCCUAGUUUUCGUUUGCUCUUGUUGACAUUGAAUCAACUUGUUCCUUGAGCAUAUAAGUUUAGCAAUAAGUUAUUCGGUAGCUAAAUGUAUGCAUGUACCUGAAAGAAGGCAGUGUGUGUAGUUGUUUCUAGGAUUAAAACUAAAUGGAUUAAAUUCCGAGCAAUCGAGUUUGAAUAUUAUCAAGAUUUUUUUCCCAUCAA